AUGGCGGCCAAGAUGACCACAUCCAUCAUGUGCAAGCUCGUUACAGCCUUGGGCUUGCAUAGCGCCUUGAUCGAGGCAACCUGCGUUACCCGCGACGAUGCCAACUCGUCGGCUGUGGCAGGUUGCGCCGCUCUGGAGAUCAAGUUCCCCGGAAAGACCUUCUUCCCCGGCGAUGACGUCUAUGAAUACGAGACUUCGCAGUUCUGGUCCAACACCGAGCUGCUUAGCCCGGCUUGCGUCUUCCGGCCCGAGUCUGCGUCUGAUCUUUCCACCAGCAUUGUGAUCAGUACUUCGACAAACACUGAUUUUGCCGUCCGUGGUGGUGGUCACAUGGGCAUCAAGGGAGCCAACAACAUUGACGACUCCGGUUUCCUCACUGUCCUCUCCAAUCUGAGCUCCAUUGCUCUUUCAGAUGACCAGAGCACCCUGACUCUUGGACCUGGAUUCCGCUGGGGCGCCGUGUACGAGUUUCUGGCCGAGUAUGACCUGGCCGUUGCUGGUGGUCGUCUGUCGCCGGUCGGUGUGCCCGGCCUUCUUCUCGCUGGAGGCGUAAACUUCCACGGCAACCAGCACGGUUGGGCCGCUGACAAUGUCCUCGAGUACGAGGUUGUUCUCGCCAACGGCACCAUUGUCACUGCAAACGACUCGGAGAACACCGAUCUCUUCUGGGCUCUGAAGGGUGGUAGCAGCAACUUUGGUAUCGUCACCAGCUUUACUCUGCGCACCUUCACAUCCACCCAAGUAUGGGCUGGUGUCUACAGUGUCGCCGAGGACUACUUGGAGGAUCUCUUUGCUGCCAUUGCCAACUUCUCGGCUUACAACACCGAUCCCCUGUCGCAUAUCGUUCCCCAGGUUGUCGCCGCGUCCGAGAACUCUUCCGUCGCUGCCGUCAUUCUCUUCUACGACAGCCCCACCGUUUCGUAUCCCGAGUGCUUCCAGAUGUUCUUUGACAUCCCCACCAUCUCCGAUACUACCGCUUUCCAGACCCUCUACGAGUUUGCCGUCACCACUGGAGAGCUUGUGACCGACCACAUCAACGACAUCUUUGUCGCUGGUACCACCGUCGGCCAGACCUACGAGGAGCUCCUCCAGGGUAUCCAGAUCACUAACCAGGUCUUCUCCGAUGCUCUGCCCGACCUGUACGCCGCCGUUCCUUUCGAGAACAUCAGCCUGGUCUCCAUCGACUGGCAACCCAUUGGCUCUCUCUGGCAAGCCGGUUCUGAGGCUGCCAACCCCGUCGGUAACGCUCUCGGUGUCGAUCCCAGCUCCAAGGGUACCUACCUGUGCUGGGCUGAAGUCGUCGAGUGGGUUGGCGAUUCGUACGCCGACGCCGUCGACGCCUGGGUGCAGAACACCACGGCCGCCAUCAACGCGGCUACGCAGGCUGCGGGUCUCUACGAUGCCUUCAACUACAUGGGCGAUGCUGCCGGUUUCCAGGAGAUAUACGCUGGAUACGGCUCCGAGAAUGAGGCCAAGCUCUUGUCCAUCUCGCAAAAGUACGACCCCGAGAGAGUCUUCCAGACGCGCCUGCCCGGUGGUUUCAAGAUUGGUGCUUAG